AUGUUUCGCCGAUAUUUUAUUUCAACUUGUUCGCAAGUAACAUCUUUUGUGGCAUUACGUGAAAACCUUCCAUCGACUAUCUUUCGCCAUUGCAGCACCGGAUCAGAUUUCCGAAUUAAUGAAUUUACUGAUAAAUAUUUAAGUCAUCGGAAGGCUGAAUUUACUGAAAAAUUGGAAAUUCUCUCUCCCACUCAACAACCGACAAUUCCAAUAUACCGAGUAACAAAUUCCGAAGGACAAUUUAUUGAUCCGAAUUAUGAUUUUGAUAUGACAAAAUUUUAUCAGCUGAUAAUUGGUUCUUCAUCGUUUUUAAAGGAAUUGGCAGUAAAAAUGUAUCAAACUAUGCUAACACUUCAACAAAUGGAUAAAAUCUUAUACGAUUCACAACGUCAAGGACGCAUUUCGUUUUAUUUGACAAAUACCGGUGAAGAGGCUACUCAGGUGGGUUCAGCAGCAGCUCUGCGUGAUGAUGACCUGAUGUAUGGCCAAUAUCGGGAAGCUGGUUCGUUGCUAUAUCGAGGCUUUCCUUUGGAAAAUUUCAUGCAUCAAUGUUAUGGAAAUGCUAAAGAUAUCGGUGGUGGAAAACAAAUGCCGGUACAUUACGGCUCAGCGGAACAUCAUUAUGUGACAAUAUCAUCACCAUUGGCUACACAAUUACCGCAAGCUGUUGGUUCUGCUUAUGCAUUUAAAAGAGAGAAAAAUGGGCGAAUAGUGAUAGUAUAUUUUGGUGAAGGUGCAGCAUCAGAAGGUGAUGCACACGCAGCCAUGAAUAUGGCAUCCACAAUGAAAUGUCCAGUAAUAUUUUUCUGUCGUAAUAACGGUUAUGCAAUUAGUACACCAGCAACGGAACAGUAUGGCGGUGAUGGUAUUAGUGGUAGAGCUAACGGAUAUGGUAUUCAUGCGAUACGGGUUGAUGGUAACGAUUUGAUUGCUAUAUAUAAUGCGACUAAAGCAGCCAGAAAAAUAGCAGAGCAAAAUGAGCCUGUUCUUAUUGAAGCUAUGACUUAUCGUAUAAGUCAUCAUUCAACAUCCGAUGAUUCAACUGCUUAUCGUCCCAAUGAGGAAGUUAAUAUAUGGCAUGAGAAGGAUAAUCCAAUCGCUCGAUUUCGAAUAGUUCUUCAAAAUAAGGGAUGGUGGAACGAUGAAGAAGAUAUAACAUAUCGGAAAAAAAUGGAGAAAGAAGUGAUGAGUGCAUUCUUGUAUGCCGAAAGAACGCCCAAACCGAAUAUUUUAAGAAUGUUUGAUGAUGUUUACAAGGAAAUGCCGAAAAAUUUGCAAGAGCAACGUGACGAACUUGCAGAGCAUCUGAACAACUACGGUAAACAUUAUCCAAUAAAGAAUUUCGAAGGCAAUUAA